AUGCUAUUGGGGCAUCCUUGGUUUCCUACUGACAUUCUUGUCUCCUUUGCUCAUGCGAAAUGCCAGUUGGCUGAGCGGGAGAGGCUCUGGGAGGGUUUGUUACAAGAUAAGCCAUGGCAAGGGCCUUGGUAUGUGGUAGGAGAUUUUAAUCUCAUUCUAUCAGGAAAUGAAAAGAAAGGGGGGCGGCAAUUUUGGCCAGCGGAGGGUCUAGAGUUGUCUCAUUUUAUGAGCAACAGAGGGGUGUUUGAUGUAGGUUUCUCUGGUUCUAUGUUCACCAAGUGCAAUAAUAGAUUUGGGAGAGCACGAAUUUGGAAACGUCUGGAUAGAGUGUUGAUUAAUAUGGCCUGCCUGGAUUUCUCCUUGUCAGUUUCAGUUUCACAUUUGGUUCGUGCGUCGUCAGAUCAUGCUCCGCUCCUGAUCUCCUUCACCUCUAGAGCCAACAUUAAGAGUCGUUCAAUCCGAUUUUUGAACAUCUGGCCUUCCAAGGAUGGUUUUCUAGAUUUGGUUAGGUCAGCCUGGCAAAGUAAGGUGACCAGGUCGCCUUUCUAUGUGGUUUGGACAAAAUUAAGGAGUGUUUCCCGUGCCCUCCACCUGUGGAAUAAGGAGACAUUUGGUGAUGUGUUUGAGAAUAUUAAGAAGGGGGAAGCUGCAGUGGCUGCGGCUGAGCGUACAGUCCAAUCUGACUCCUCCGUCGAGGCCCAUACUGAGCUACAGCGAGCUCAAUCCCACUUGAAUAAGCAGUUAGCAAUUGAAGAGCUUUUUUGGAGUCAAAAGGCUAGGAUCAAGUGGCUACAACACGGAAAUCAUAAUUCGAAACAUUUUCAUUCGGAGAACCCCUCCUUAGAAGAGGUGAGAAAGGUGAUCUUUGAGAUGGAUGGUGAUAGUGCGGCUGGACCAGAUGGUUUCACAUGGAAAUUCUUUAUGGUUGCCUGGGAAGUGGUGGCUCAAGAUGUGUACAAGGCAAUUUUGAGUUUUUUCUGUGAUACGGAACUGCCCCAUUUCGUCACGGCAACGUCUAUUAUUCUUUUACCCAAGAUUAUGAAUCCUAAUGAUUUUACCCAAUUUCGACCUAUUAGUGUAUGUAACUUUCAGAAUAAAGUUAUAUCUCGACUUUUGGUGGGUCGGCUGUCAAGUGUCUUGCCUCGAAUCAUCUCUCCUCAGCAGAGUGGCUUUGUUAAAGGGCGGUCUAUUUCGGAUAAUUACUUGCUGGCUCAGGAACUGAUGUCGGAGAUGGGAAAGAAGUGCAGGGGUGGGAAUCUGGCUCUUAAGUAA